AUGAUUGGGGGAUCUGUCUUGUUGUUAUCAGCUCUGAUUUUCUGCAAUGUGUAUACUGAGGAAAUCUUCCAGCCAAAUCUGGUGCUGGACAUGGCCAAGGUCCUUCUGGAUAAUUAUUGCUUCCCCGAAAACCUGGUGGGGAUGCAAGAUGCUAUUGAACAGGCCAUCAAGAGUGGGGAGAUCCUGGACAUCUCAGAUCCCAAAUUGUUGGCCAAUGUCUUGACAGCUGGUGUGCAAGGUGCCUUGAAUGACCCAAGGCUGGUGAUCUCCUAUGAGCCGUUGGCUCCCGUUGCUCCAAAGCAAGAAGAUGAGACUUCCUUCACUCGGGAGCAGCUCCUGGAUCUUAUCCAGCAUGUGAUCAAGUAUGAACAGCUGGGGGGAAACGUGGGCUAUCUGAGGAUCGAUCAUAUCAUCGGCCAAGAGGUUGUGCGGAAGAUUGGGGCUUUCCUGGUGGAAAAGGUGUGGAAGGCGUUGAUGGGAACCUCUGCCCUGGUACUAGACUUGCGCUACAACACUGGGGGGCAAGUCACUGGCAUCCCUUUCAUCAUCUCCUAUCUGUACGAAGCUGACAAGGUGUUGCAUGUGGACACGGUAUAUCACCGGCCCUCCAACACCACCAUGGAGAUAUGGACCCUGCCCCACGUGCUGGGUGAGAGGUAUGGAAAAGACAAAGAUGUUGUCGUGUUGAUCAGCCGGCACACCACCGGGGUGGCUGAAGAUGUGGCUUACAUCCUCAAGCACAUGCACAGAGCCAUCAUCGUGGGGGAGAGGACAGCUGGGGGCUCGCUGGAUGUCCAGAAGCUGCGGAUCGGUGCCUCCCAUUUCUACAUGACAGUGCCCGUAUCGCGGUCUGUGAGCCCUCUAAACGGGGGUGGGCAGAGCUGGGAGGUCACUGGGGUGCUGCCAUGUGUAGCCAGCCAGAUGGAGCAGGCCCUGGAGAAGGCCCUGGCCAUCCUGUCAGUUCGCAGGGCAGUGCCUGGAAUGAUCAGCCGCCUCAUGGGCAUACUGCAGGACUAUUACACCUUGGCAGAGCGGGUGCCCGUGCUGCUGCAGCACCUCUCUGCCUUCAACUACUCCUCCAUCCAGUCUGUCGAGGACCUGGCCACCAAGCUUUCCGCUGAACUGCAGGCUGUGUCUGAGGACCCACGCCUCCUGCUCCGGGUCACUGCUCCAGGCGAGGCUGCUAUCUCACCCGUGGAGGAGGAGAUCCCGGUGGCUGCUGACCUGCCCGAUAAUGAGGAGUUGCAGCGGGCCCUGGUGGAUACCGUGUUUCAGGUGUCAGUGCUGCCAGGAAAUGUGGGCUACAUGCGCUUUGAUGAGUUUGCUGAUGCCUCCGUGCUGGCUAAACUUGGCCCCUACAUCGUGCACAAGGUGUGGGAGCCCCUCCAGGCCACUGAGAACCUGAUUGUGGACCUGCGCUACAAUCCUGGGGGUCCAUCCUCAGGCGCCGUGCCCCUGCUGCUCUCUUACUUCCAGGACCCUACCACCGGCCCUGUCCACCUCUUCACUACCUAUGACAGGCGCACCAACCGCACACAGGAGCACAACAGCCAGACUGGGCUACUGGGCCAGCCCUACGGGGCCCAGCGUGGCAUCUACUUGCUCACCAGCCACCGUACAGCCACUGCCGCUGAGGAAUUUGCCUACCUCAUGCAGUCCCUGGGCCGCGCCACUCUGAUCGGCGAGAUCACAGCGGGCAGCCUCUCACACACCCGCACCUUCCCUCUGCUGCAGCCAGUGGAGGACAUCACCCAGGGCCUCACCAUCACCGUGCCUGUCAUCACCUUUGUUGACAACCAUGGAGACUGCUGGCUGGGUGGUGGUGUGGUGCCGGAUGCCAUCGUGCUGGCUGAAGAGGCACUAGAGAAGGCCAGGGAGGUGCUGGCUUUCCAUCAGGCCAUGGGAGCACUUGUGGAAAGCACUGGACAGCUAUUAGAGGCUCAUUAUGCCAUCCCGGAGGUAGCUGGGAAGGCCAGUGCCAUGUUAAGCACCAAGUGGGCCCAAGGUGGCUACCGCUCAGCUGUGGACUUGGAGACAUUGGCCUCCCAGUUCACCAAUGACCUGCAGGAGGCCUCAGGAGACCACCGGCUGCAUGUCUUCCACAGCCACGUGGAGCCCACCCCAGAGGAACAGUCCCCCAACAAGAUCCCCACUCCAGAGGAGCUGGUCUACAUCACUGAGGCCCUUUUCAAGGUUGACGUGUUGCCAGGCAACCUAGGCUACCUGCGCUUCGACAUGAUGGCUGAGGCAGAGACGAUGAAGGCCAUUGGGCCGCAGCUAGUGCGCCUGGUAUGGGACAAGCUGAUAGGCACUGACGCAAUGAUCAUCGACAUGAGGUACAACAUGGGUGGCUACUCUACCGCCGUGCCCAUCUUCAGCUCCUACUUCUUUGAGCCCGAGCCCCGGCAGCACCUCUACACUAUCUUUGACCGCAGCACCUCCCAGAGCAUUGAGGUAUGGACCCUCUCUCAAGUCACUGGCCAGAGGUAUGGUUCCCUUAAGGACAUCUACAUCCUGACCAGCCACAUGAGUGGCUCAGCAGCCGAAGCCUUUGCCCACUCCAUGAAGGAUCUGCAUCGGGCCACAGUCAUUGGUGAGCCCACCAUGGGCGGCUCGCUCUCGGGGGGCAUUUUCCGAAUUGGUAACAGCUCUCUGUAUGCCUCCAUCCCCAGCCAGGUCGUGCUCAGCCCCCUCACCAGAAAAGUGUGGAGUGUGUCAGGGGUGGAGCCGCACAUCACCAUCCAGGCGAGCGAAGCCAUGGCUGCAGCCCAGCAGAUCGCCACCUUGCGCGCCAAGGUGCCCGGUGUGCUGCAGACGGUGGGGAAGCUGGUGGCAGACAACUACGCCUUUGCGGACGUGGGGGCUGACGUGGCAACCAAGCUCACCACCCUCGCCUCCAAGGACACUUACAAGAUGGUUAACUCCGAAGAGGAGCUGGCCAAGAAGGUGGCGGCUGACCUGCAAGCCCUGUCUGGAGAUGCGCACCUGAAAAUAGCCCACAUCCCAGAGCACUCCAAGGAUCACAUCCCAGGGAUCGUGCCAAUGCAGCCAACUACAACAGCUGGCCCAGUGCCAGCAGAAAAUGGGCUCAGCCCAGAGUACAAUAUCGGAGGCCCCACUUCCUCCAUAGCGGCCCUGUGCUCCUACUUCUUUGAUGAAGGGCACCCAGUUCUCCUGGAUAAAGUCUACAACCGACCCAAUGACACAACAAGUGAGAUCUGGACCCAGCCGCAGCUCACAGGUGAGCGGUACGGCUCCCAGAAGAGCUUGAUCAUCCUCACCAGUGCUGUUACUGCUGGGGCAGCUGAGGAGUUUGUGUAUAUCAUGAAGAGGCUGGGCAGAGCUUUCAUCAUCGGUGAAGUGACCAGCGGCGGCUGUCACCCCCCUCAGACAUAUCAUGUGGAUGACACUGGCCUCUACAUCACCAUCCCCACCUCCAGAUCUGUGAGCUCUGCUGAUGGCACCUCCUGGGAGGGCGCAGGGGUGGCUCCGCACCUGGAGGUGCCAACCGAGAUGGCUCUCAUCCAAGCAAAGGAAAUGCUCAACACGCACCUGCACAGCUCCAAAUAGACUGGCUGGCGCAGCGAGCUUACAGCAAGAGGGAUCUAGGUGGUGCUUUUCAAAGGCGCUUAAGGGGAUUAGGUGCCCAAAUCCCAUUGAUUUCCUAACGCCCUUUGGCCCCUUUGAAAAUCUCAGCCAAGGCUCAAAGGGCAUGUGAUGCACCCAUCUAUGGUGGUGUUUGUGUGAGUGUGAUGAGUAUAGAAAAUGUAU